UGUUGUUGAACUGAUCAAAAACAAAAAAAUCAUCCAAAAUGAAAUUCGUUGCCAUUGCUAUGUUCGCCUUCAUCGCCGUUGGCUCAGCCGCUCUUCUUCCAUCCCCACCAGCAGCGCCAGCAGCGCCAGGAGCCGACGCCAGUGCUGAAACUGUAAAAAAUGUUGUCAAUGUUGGAACAGACUCAUUCAAAUAUGAGUACGAAACAUCAAACGGAAUCAAAGCCGAAGAACAAGGUCAAUUGAAGACCAUUGGAUCAGAACAAGCUAUCGUCACACAAGGUUCAUACUCAUGGGUUGCUCCAGAUGGUCAAACAUACACCUUGAAAUUCGUUGCUGAUGAAAAUGGUUUCCAUCCCGUCGCCGAUUUCUUGCCAACUCCUCCAGCUCCUCUCAACUAAAUUCUACAAAUUGAGAAGCAACACCUUUACAAAAAAAUGUUCAAUACAACAUCUAAAUUAUAGAAGAUCAAUUUUUGAUAAAAUCAUGGUUGAAUUCAAUGCGAAUUAACUAUGAUAAAUCCAUUAAAAGAAAAACAAUAAAAACUACUAUUCAACUUAUAAA